UGGAGUAGGAGUCAGUGCUUCCAGUGAUUUCCUGCCACAAACAAGACCCUUUUUAGGUGACCCCACAAGCCUAGUUUUGGCCAACAUUUUUGAAACAGAUUUUCAAGGACGAGAUCUUGUACCAUGGAUUAUAAGCUUAGAAUCUGAUGAUAUUUCCUGUACACACACACACUGGAUGAUAAAGCCAUAAAGCUAUAGCAAGCAACGGAAUAAUCAGGUCUCGUUUCAUAUCAUGAGAAACAAGUGAAAGAAAGAGUGACAUGUACUAGUGUGGAGAGGAGAACUAGUCCUCAUCUUUUGUUCGUAAAACAACCAAACUCUUCUUAUUGAGAAGAAAAAGUUUUAUCAUCUUUUUUGUUUUCUGUUUGUUUCUCUAGGUAGCUAGCUUUUUAUUGUCUCUUCAUAUAUCCAAGAAAAAACAACUUAGGUGGAGGAUAUUCAUAUUUUAAAUUAGAGAAAAGGGUGUCGAAAGUUGAGAAUAUAUAAGAUCAAAUCCAUUAAAGUAAGGAAAUGAUUUGAUAAAGAGGAUAUUUGCAUGGAGGGUACUCAUCAUCAGCAGCAGCAGCAGCAUCACCAUAGAAUUGGAGAAACUACUGGGUUAUCAGCUGCUGAUUCAGGCCCUUCAUCAAAUCAUCACCAUCAUCAAUAUCCAUCGUCAUCUGUCUUUCAUGGGAUCAACUCUCCUACUACAACCUUCUUCAAUCAACAAGGUGCUUCCUUUGAUUUUGGGGAGUUGGAAGAAGCAAUCGUUUUCCAAGGUAUUGAUCAACAGAUUCGAAAUGAUGCACCUAAGAAACCUUUUCACACUUCAUCAAGACCAGCAACUGCUACACUGGAUAUGUUUCCUUCAUGGCCAAUGAGAAUCCAACAAACUCCUCCUAAAGGAAGUUCAAAAUCAGGAGACGAGAGUACUGAUUCAGGAUCUGCUCAGAAUACUAUUUCUUGCAAAGCUGAUUCUUAUAAUCAUCAUCACCAUCAUCAUCAAUUUGUACCAGGUUCUCCUAUCAGUACUAGUGUUAAAGUAUUUGAUCAAAGCCAGCAAACACAAGAUUAUCAAAAGCAGCAGCAGCAACAACAAUUACUGAAGAUGGCAAGUGAUGUGCCAAGAAAUGGUGCAGCUGGGCCACAACAAAAUCAACAACAACCAAAAACAUCAGAAAAGAGAAAAGGACCAGCUAUUUCUAAUUCAGAUAAACUUGAUGCAAAGACACUUAGAAGAUUAGCUCAGAAUAGAGAAGCAGCAAGGAAGAGCAGACUUAGAAAAAAGGCUUAUGUACAACAACUAGAAACUAGUAGGAUCAAGCUUACGCAGAUAGAACAAGAUCUUCAAAGAGCAAGAUCCCAGGGUUUGUUCUUAUCAGCUGGAGUUGGUGGAAACGGAAAUCUUAGCUCUGGUGCUGCUAUGUUCGAUAUGGAAUACACUAGAUGGUUAGACGAAGAUCAUAGGCAUCUUACUGAGCUUCGAUCAGCAUUACAUUCACAGUUACAAGAUGGUGAUUUAAGGAUGAUACUUGAUGGAUAUUUAGCACAUUAUGAUGAGAUCUUUCAUCUCAAAAUUGAUGCUGCUAAAUGUGACGCUUUCCACCUUAUUAAUGGAAUGUGGACUACUCCUGCUGAACGUUGCUUCCUCUGGAUGGGGGGCUUUCGUCCUUCUGAUAUCCUCAAGAUAGUACUGCCCCAAGUAGACCCUUUAACGGAGCAACAGUUGAUGGGAAUUUGUGGACUUCAACAAUCUUCGCAGCAAGCUGAGGAAGCUCUUUCUCAAGGUCUAGAACAGCUUCACCAAUCAUUGGCCGAGACCAUUGCCGGUAAUUCUCUCAAUGAAUCUGCAAAUGUCGGGAAUUAUAUGGGGCAAAUGGCUAUUGCAUUGGGAAAACUCUCAAAUCUUGAAGGCUUUGUUCGACAAGCUGAUAAUCUAAGGCAACAAACACUUCAUCAAUUGCGAAGAAUUUUGACGGUUCGACAAGCAGUUAGAUGUUUCUUGGCUAUCGGGGAAUAUUACAAUCGACUACGAGCCUUAAGCUCACUCUGGGCUUCUCGCCCGCGAGAUCACCUGAACAACUUGAUUAGUGAUGAUAACUCAUGCCAAACAACAACUGAACUACAAAUGGUUCAAACACCACAUGGUUCACACAACCCUUUUUCAGCAUUCUGAUACUGGUUCCAUAUUUAAGAGAAGAUUUCUCCAUUUCUUCCAUUGUAUCAUCACUAUUUACUUAGAGAAAGAUUCACCUAUGUAAAAUGUAUAAAAUCAAUUUCUCAUGCCUUA